UUCACCAGGGCCCCUGAUGGUGGGGAUGGACUUGACGCAGCCAGGAACCAGGUUGCGGCCCCCAAGACACCUCAGCUGCGGUAAUGGCCGCCGCCAAUGGCGUGUAGCUGGUGGAAGAAACAAAAGAGUAAUGCAAAGCUGAAGCAGGCCAACUGUCAGUGGGUAGAUACUGGAUCUCAGAUGUGUAGUCAGACAAACAGAGGUCAGCAACAUACUGGCAGCAGGAGCACAGAGUCAGGAACCAGGAGCAUAGUCAGGCAGGCCAGGUCAGCAACGUGUGGGCAGCGAGGUACCAAAGGAGCAGGCAGAGAAUAGUCAGGGUCACAAGCCGGGUUCAGGAACUCACAGCCAGCACGGUACAGAGGAUCAGGCAGAAGGAU